GGGCUCCGGGAGAGGGGCAGCGGCACGGCUUGGGGUUCCAGCCCGCUCUGCGAUAAAGCAAAAUAAACUGCACAUAAUGUGUCCAUUGACUCACCUGGAUGGAAGAUGGCAGGGGUUGUAAUUUUUUAUUGGACGUCGCAGAUGUUUAGUUUUACACGUGUUUGUAAAGAAAGUGUUAAUAUGGCAGAAUAACCAUGGGAGACUGGAAUUUCCUUGGAGGCAUUUUAGAGGAGGUCCACAUUCAUUCCACUAUUAUUGGAAAGAUUUGGCUCACGAUCCUCUUCAUAUUUCGAAUGCUUGUCCUUGGAGUGGCAACCGAGAAUGUUUGGAAUGAUGAACAGUCCGAAUUUAUAUGCAAUACUGAGCAGCCUGGUUGCAGAAAUGUGUGCUAUGAUGAGGCCUUCCCCAUCUCUCUCAUAAGAUACUGGGUCUUGCAAGUUCUGUUUGUGUCUUCCCCUUCCUUGGUGUAUAUGGGUCAUGCCUUAUACAGACUACGAGCCUUGGAAAAAGAGAGGCAAAAGAAGAAAGCUCAGGUAAGGGUGGAACUUGAAAGCACUGAAUUAGAAAUGACUGAAGAUCGUAAAAGACUGGAGAGAGAACUCCGGCAACUGGAUCAGAGGAAGCUGAACAAAGCUCCCCUGAGAGGCUCUCUGCUCUGCACUUAUGUGAUUCAUAUUUUCACGAGAUCUGCAGUGGAAGUUGGCUUUAUGAUUGGGCAGUAUCUUCUUUAUGGCUUUCACUUAGAUCCCCUUUAUAAAUGUCAGAGAGACCCAUGUCCAAACACAGUUGACUGCUUUGUAUCUAGACCAACAGAAAAGACAGUGUUUAUACUUUUCAUGCAAUCAAUAGCGACUGUAUCGUUGCUUUUAAAUAUUCUAGAAAUUAUCCACUUGGGAUUCCGAAAAAUUAAAAUGGGGCUCUGUGAGCAGAAUAAAAACAAGAAUGACUCUGACAAUUUCUACAUAAACAAAUCUAAGAAAUACUCUGUGAUACCACACUCUUCUUUGGGAAUACCCAGCACCCCUCAGAAAACACUUCCUUGUGCUCUUAGCAAUUAUACAUUUUUGAUGGAAAAGCAAACUGACACUAUGCUCUACCCAGUUUUAAAUUCUCCUUCUAUGUUUCAGUCUGUGCAAAAUAACCGUACAGAAAGCAGCAGCAAUUACACCCACUGCAAUCAGGAAAACAAAUCUCCAAAGAAGAGGCCAGCUACAAAUGCUUUAGACAAUCAGACUCAAAAUGCUAGCACAAAUAAUAACGAAGGCUUUCUUGGCGAGCUUUGGACUGAGACACGUGAUGCACAAGAAGAGGUUGAAAAGAAACAUUUUCUUGUUACUCAGAAUGCAGACACAGCUUCAAACGUGUACUUGAGAAGCUUUGCUGAGAUGCCAUCUCAAACUCCAUUGCAACCUGAUACAACUUUUCCUAGUACCAGUUUUAGACGACAGGCAAUGGUUGAGAACACAGGAGCACCAAUGAAUCCUCUUCCAAAGAACAGUGACAGAAGGCAAAGCAGUUUCAGUGUCAACAAGGCCCAAAUUCCUCACAACGCUGAUGUAAAAAAUUCCAGCCGAGCAGACACUUCUGACUCGGUGGGGGUGGUGAGCUCAGAAUCUACACAAAGCAGGAACUGGAGUAGUCCAAAGCCUUUCUCUCUGUCCAGGCAACAGUCCCUGUCAAGCAAUGCCAGCAGCAGGCGUGCCCCCACUGACCUGCAGAUAUAGCGUGGGGUAACCCGUCAACUGCACUAACCAUGCUGGGAUAACUCCUCAACACGGACAUAACCUAGACCUGUGUGCAAGUGUAGCUAAAUAAUUCAACUUGACCAGCUGUUUACAUAGAUAGAAAAGUUGUGUAACCUUUGAAUAGCAGCUCAGUAAUUUUAAACAGUCUCUUUACUUCCUUUGUAAUGAAAAUGUGGCACAGACCUCAGUGUAUAACUCCAGCUAAAAAAGAAAACAUACAUCCUCUCAAUCCACAUAUUAGGAAAAAGUCAGGCAUAAAAUUACAGGUAAUACAAUUUAAGAUGAAUAAAAGUAGAGGACAAAAUUUACAAUCUAACAAUAUUUUUUACAAAGACCAGUAAAUCAAAUUAGGCUAAAGAUGGUAUUGGUGCUCUCAGAAGAACUUAUUGGUAAAUGUGUUUCUGCUUAUUCAGUCUGAGAAUUCAAACAGACAUUUGAUAGCUGACCAAAAGCAGAAUGUCAAACACAUUCCAUUGUUCAAACUGUGGUAAAUACAAAGAGAAAAAACAUUUACAGAACAGAUCACUAAUUCUUUGACUCCAGGGCAUACUUCCUUUUCAGUGUACCACUACUGACCUCCUCAGCAGAAAAAUCAACGUGAAUUUCUUAUAGUGUAUUAUCAGAAUUCAAUGCACCACUACAUUUUAAAAACAGAUUAAUUACAGAUAUGUUGUGAGCAUUACUUUUGACAUUUUUCAUAACACUAUUAAGAUAGCACAAUCAGAAAACAAGUUACUGAAAUGUACUAAUCAGACAUUUUGAAUUUCACAAACCAGUAGUCUUACUAUGGAAAACAGAAAAAAAACCAAAACCAAAAACAGGGAACAACAAAAAAAAUCAAAUAUGGUAGUACCUUCCUGAUUUUAGUUACAAUGUCAAAAGACAUAAAAGGUUUAUCAAAUGGUAAAAUUACUCCUUUUCUGUCUUGUCUCUCUCCUGAAUUCGGAUAAACUUUUAAAUCAAACAAAGCUUCUACCUGUUUAGGAGGAGCAUUUGUGUUUAUGCUUUUUAUGAGGAUAACAAAACAUUAGGACAUUCAUCCACUUGCUGUUCAGGUCCGUGUGGUGUAAAGGAAGUUGCAUGAAACAUCUUGAAAUAAUACAGGAGGCAAAGACAAACAAAAUACUACGGUACAUUUGUAAUCAAGUUUUCUGUGUAUGAAAUACAUUUAUUUGAGCUGCACAGCACUGAAACACUGAGCUGGUCACAGCUGGAAUGCAUCAGUAUUUUUGUGUGUAUUUUUUACACACAGAAUUGUGAAACAGCAGAUUUGACUUACUGUAUGUGUAUUGAAAAAAUAAUUUGUGAGAUACAGCAUGAUGUUACAGCACAAUUAAAUUCUUAAAGUGCAUUGUCACUGUGCUUACCAGACAGCCACAUUUCAGAUUGACUGAAAACUGUACAACACCAGCAAAAAAGAGCCAGAAAACCUAAGCAACGUUAAUUUGGUCCCGUCCACGUAAGAAAUACACACUAGAACUAUUAAAACUAUUCGCUGUAGAUUUGUCUCCAGCAAGUAUCCUUGUCACUUCUAGUAUUGUUCUGUGUGUAUACAUAAACACAGCCCUACAGAAUUGUGUUUACACUGUCAAAUUUCAGAUUGUGUAACAUACUGAAAUGUACAUAAAUGUAUAGCAUGACUUAGGCCAGUUAAUGCUGCUGCUGUGGCUUUGAUUCUUGCAUUUCUUGAUGCGUAAGAUUCUAUGGGCAAUAACUGCUAAUGCUUCUUUUCUAUUUAAUCCCUCCGUAAUAAAUCGUAUUUAAUGCACUCUGUUCCUGCUCUCUAAAUAAUAGAAAGUUAGCAUUUAGAUGUUCAUCUAUGGGAUAUGACAUUUGUAUUUUGUUGGUCAAGACAAGUUAAAAAAGCAUUUUUCUGCUGCUGCUGCAAGAACUUUAUUAACUUUUUUUAUGUCUGGACAUGAGUUAGACACUGUUUCAUCAGAGCACCUUGCCAAAUUAAGAGUAACUACUGAAAAAUAUAAACAUUGCAGAAGAGCAUGGAGAAAAAUUGUGAAAAAUCCCUGA